AUGGUGCGACGCGACGCCAGCGAGCAGCAGAAGCUGUUAGUGCCAGUGCAGCCGAAAGUGCAGCCGUCGCAGAGCUACGCGAACUGGCUGUGCGACGCCAUCGAGCGAUUUCUGAAUGCGAGGAUCACAACGCCUCCCAGCACGACGUAUCUCACGGGCGUGUUCGCUCCCGUGGAUAAGGAAAUCGGCCCCGUCGCCGACCUCCCCGUCACCGGCCAACUCCCAGAGUGUUUGAACGGCGAGUUCGUGCGCAACGGGCCCAACCCCAAGUUCGCGCCCACCUUCAGCUACCACCUCUUCGACGGCGACGGCAUGCUGCACGGCGUGCGCAUCAAGGACGGCAAAGCGAGCUACGUGAACCGCUGGGUGCGCACGAGCCGCCUCGAGCAGGAGUCGGCGUACCAGCGCGCCAAGUUCCUGAAAUUCGGGGAUAUGCUCGGAUACGUGGGCCUGGGGAAGAUAUUCUUAGAGCAGCUGCGCAAGUGGCUGGGCGUGCUGGACCUCUCCCAGGGCAACGGCACCGGGAAUACCGCGCUCAUCUUCCACGCGCGGCGGCUGCUCGCGCUGCACGAGGGCGACGCGCCGUACGCGAUACAAGUGCUCCAAGACGGCGAGUUGGAAACUCAGGGGAGGUUGACGUACGGUGGCCGGCUGAACCACCCGUUUACGGCGCAUCCGAAAGUGGAUCCUGAAACGGGCGAAAUGUUUACGUUUGGUUACCAGGCCAAGGCGCCGUUCGUGACUUACCGCGUGGUGACUAAAGCGGGGGAGAUGGGUCCUCCUGUCAACAUCACCAUCCCCACGCCUGGCAUGAUGCAUGAUUUCGCCAUCACACAGAACUACGCGAUCUUUUUAGAUCUUCCCUUGGAGUUUGCUCCGAAAGAGAUUGUCAAGGGCAAGAUGCCGUUCCUGUGGAACCCGGACCGGCCGGCCAGGUUCGGGAUCCUGCCUCGGUACGCGGAGAGCGAGGCGGAGCUUCGGUGGUUCGAGCUGCCGGCGCUGUUCAUCUUCCACACGGGGAACGCGUGGGAGGAGCAGACGGAGAAGGGCGAGACGGAGGUGGUACUGAUUGCAUGCCGGUUCGAUGAGAUGAAUCUUGAGUUGGAGCAGAUGGAAGAGGACAAGGCUGCCAGACUCUACGAGUUCCGGUUCAACAUGGCGACGGGCAAGGCAUCGCAGCGCCAGCUCACCACGUUCGGAUGCGACUUCCCGCGCAUCCACGAUGGCUACAUGGGGCGCAAGCAGCGCUAUGUGUACUGUGCUUCCUUCGAGGGCAUCACACGCAUCUGCGGCAUUGCCAAGAUAGACCUCCAAAGUGCCCCGGACCUCUCUGCACCGUACUACACCGUCGGCGGCUGCGUCUCAGGGUUCUUCGACCACGGGCCGGGCAGGUUCGGGUCCGAGCCUGUGUUUGUGCCUCGGAGCAACGAGCCUGGCCUGGAGGAGGACGAUGGAUACGUGCUCACCUUCGUGCAUGAUACCAACACAGACAUCUCCGAGGUGGUGGUGCUGGACGCCAAGACCAUGGCUGCAGACCCCGUUGCUACCAUCCGCCUGCCCCAACGCGUGCCAUACGGCUUCCACGGCAUCUUUGUCUCCGAGGAUCAAAUCACUGCCCAGCUGCCAGAGUGA